AUGGGACAGGACGAGGGCACGCGCUGCUCCGGCCGCUGCGGGGCCGCUCUGCCCCGGCUGCGCUUCCUCCUGCACGGACCGCCCCGAGCGGCACCGCCCCGAGCGACCGACAGACAGACGGACCGGAACCCAGCGACAGACAGCCCCGACCGGCACACAGACAGACAGACGGACCGGCCCCCAGCGACACACGGCCCCGAGCGGCACACAGACAGACAGACGGACCGGCCCCCAGCGACACACGGCCCCGAGCGACCGACAGACAGACAGACGGACCGGCCCCCAGCGACACACGGCCCCGGCCGGCACACAGACAGACAGACGGACCGGCCCCCAGCGACACACGGCCCCGACCGGCACACAGACAGACAGACGGACCGGCCCCCAGCGACAGACAGCCCCGACCGGCACACAGACAGACAGACGGACCGGCCCCCAGCGACACACGGCCCCGAGCGGCACACAGACAGACAGACGGACCGGCCCCCAGCGACACACGGCCCCGAGCGGCACACAGACAGACAGACGGACCGGCCCCCAGCGACACACGGCCCCGGCCGGCACACAGACAGACAGACGGACCGGCCCCCAGCGACACACGGCCCCGACCGGCACACAGACAGACAGACGGACCGGCCCCCAGCGACACACGGCCCCGAGCGGCACACAGACAGACAGACGGACCGACCCCAGGGACACACGGCCCCGAGCGGCACACAGACAGACAGACGGACCGGCCCCCAGCGACACACGGCCCGACCGGCACACAGACAGACAGACGGACCGGCCCCCAGCGACACACGGCCCCGAGCGGCACACAGACAGACGGACCGGAACCCAGCGACACACGGCCCCGAGCGGCACACAGACAGACAGACGGACCGGCCCCCAGCGACACACGGCCCCGAGCGGCACACAGACAGACGGACCGGAACCCAGCGACACACGGCCCCGACCGGCACACAGACAGACAGACGGACCGGAACCCAGCGACACACGGCCCCGAGCGGCACACAGACAGACAGACGGACCGGCCCCCAGCGACACACGGCCCCGAGCGGCACACAGACAGACAGACGGACCGGCCCCCAGCGACAGACAGCCCCGAGCGGCACACAGACAGACAGACGGACCGGCCCCCAGCGACACACGGCCCCGAGCGGCACACAGACAGACAGACGGACCGGCCCCCAGCGACACACGGCCCGACCGGCACACAGACAGACAGACGGACCGGCCCCCAGCGACACACGGCCCCGAGCGACCGACAGACAGACAGACGGACGGAAACCCAGCGACACACGGCCCCGAGCGGCACACAGACAGACAGACGGACCGGAACCCAGCGACACACGGCCCCGAGCGGCACACAGACAGACGGACCGGCCCCCAGUGACAGACAGCCCCGAGCGGCACACAGACAGACAGACGGACCGGAACCCAGGGACACACGGCCCCGAGCGGCACACAGACAGACAGACGGACGGGAACCCAGCGACACACGGCCCCGACCGGCACACAGACAGACAGACGGACCGGCCCCCAGCGACACACGGCCCCGAGCGGCACACAGACAGACAGACGGACCGGCCCCCAGCGACACACGGCCCCGGCCGGCACACAGACAGACAGACGGACCGGCCCCCAGCGACACACGGCCCCGGCCGGCACACAGACAGACAGACGGACCGGAACCCAGCGACACACGGCCCCGAGCGGCACACAGACAGACAGACGGACCGGAACCCAGCGACACACGGCCCCGAGCGGCACACAGACAGACAGACGGACCGGCCCCCAGCGACACACGGCCCCGGCCGGCACACAGACAGACAGACGGACCGGAACCCAGCGACACACGGCCCCGACCGGCACACAGACAGACAGACGGACCGGAACCCAGCGACACACGGCCCCGAGCGGCACACAGACAGACAGACGGACCAGUCCCGAGAGACCAGGCCAAGAACUCCCCACACGCAGCACCCACAGCCUGGCACCCAACACCCGGCACCCGCGCACCGCCCGGCCCCAACACCGACCGACCAGCCCAGCCCGCUGGACACUGGCACAAGGCAGGGGCCACAAGGAACCGGGCACAAAUACCAGGCACUGGACAAUAGGCACUGGGCAGUUGACAGGGAUGCUGGUCAGGAGGCAUUGGGACCAGAACUGGACAGGCACAUUUGGCACUGGACAGAGGCAUUGGGCACCAUGCAAGGCCACCAGUACUGA